GACAUCUAGUUACUAUAGCAAUGGAGUUCAAACAUCGUUAUAGCGCUCGUUGGUUAUAGUUAAUUAGUGGUAAACAAAACACAGAGUGGUAAAAAAUGCAAAUGUCUACGGUGCAGCCGGUGUUCAAAUUGGAGUUAAAUCACAAAGUAACUCCAGGUGUAGCCGUUAUAGCGAAAUAUGAUGGAACACAUCCAUGCCUUACUGCAUCUGCUGGAUAUGAUAAAAUAAUAAUCCACCACCCAUAUGGGGCUGUGGCAAGUGGCAGAACGCAACGAUCACAGGCCCAUGGAGAAGUGUCCGAACUGAAUCUGAGUCAGGCUGUAGUGGCACUUGCGGCAGGCCCAUUAAGACCUAACACUGCCAGAGAUAUGUUACUUAUCGGGUCACCUACACAAAUUCUGGCGUAUGAUGUCCACGAAAACACUGAUCUCUUCUUCAGAGAAGCUCCAGAUGGAGUAAAUAUAAUAAUGACGGGCAGUUUUGGCAAAUAUACAGACACUCUGGCCAUAGUAGGAGGCAACAGUUCCGUGCAUGGACUGACUUGGGAAGGCGAUGAACUGUUCUGGAACGUUGUCGGAGGAAAAGUCUGUGCCAUGAUCACUUUUGACUUUGAUAAGGAUGGGGAAACUGAGCUUAUAAUAGGUAGCGAUGAUUCAUACAUCAGAGUGUUGAAAAAUAAUCAAUUUAUAGCGGAAUUACCGGAGACUGGUCCAGUUACAUGUCUUACGCUUAUAAACGAAGUGAGAUUCGCUUAUGGAUUGGCAAAUGGAACAAUUGGUAUCUACGAAGAAGGUAUUCGCUUGUGGAGAGUCAAGUCGAAACAAAACUCCAUCUCUCUGCAAUGGUCCGGCGAAACGCUGGUGUGUUGUUGGGCCAACGGUCGAGUCGAUUGGCGCGAGGGUAGUUCCGGAAAAGUGCUUCGACGAGUGCAAAUGCGCGCCAACGGAGCCGCCAUGUUGCUCGCCGACUACCGAUCCGUGGGAGUGGCAGAUUUGGUCUGCGUCUCUAGCAAAGGCGAAGUUCUAGGCUACCCACCUUAUCAAGAGAACACUAGCUUCAGUGCGGCAUCAAAAAAGUUACCCUCUGAUGAAGAUCGACUAGCUAUAACCGAGUUACUUAACAAAAAACAAGCGUUAUUGGUGGAAUUGCAACAUUAUGAAGCCAACGCCGCAAACGCGUCUAAUGCUGAUGAUGUAGAACGACCGGCUACUGCAAUGCCGACUAAUACACGACUUCAAGUAAUUGUUUUACAUGCCCCAGAAGAGAACGGCUUGCAACUAGCAAUCUCAACGAAUAAUGACACGAUAGUUCGAGCAGCAAUGGUGUUAGCUGAAGGUAUAUUUGAAACAGGAGAGACUCUGGCGCGCCAUCCAGAGCCAUCAAGACUUCGCUCCAUACUACAUGUACCAUUGAAUCCACCGAGAGACAUUCCAGUAGAUGUGCAUAUUAAGGCUUUAGUUGGAUAUCCAGAUAGCGAACAAUUUCACAUAUUUGAGUUGACGAAACAGCUACCAAGAUUCUCUAUGUACACUCUAGCAUCUCCUAACAAUAUUUCUCAACGCAGCAGUUACGUGACCUUUCGAAUUACUGAAAGAGUGCAAAGAAUAUGCAUCUGGUUCAAUCAGAACUUUCUUCUAGAAGAUGAAUUAGAGCUAAAACCGGAGGAUGCGAAGGAAUUUCAUGUGAAUUUGACGUGUUUGAGAGAUAUGACGAGUUUGAGUAUGGAUUUCGAAGCUGAUGGACAAGUUAAGAUUAAAACACAUGAUAUAAGAUUGGCGGGAGAUUUAAUACAAAGUCUGGCAGUAUUUUUGAAUCUAUCGCAUUUGUCCUCAAUUGCAAGUUUCCCAGAAGCAGAAACUAAGUUGCGCGAAGAAAUGGAAAAUGCAUCUCAAAUAGGAGAAAUAAGGUCUCGAUUAGCAGCAGAAACUGCAGAACGCGCACAGCUUAUAACAGCUUUAUUACCAGCAGCGCAAGAUGCCGCUACAUAUGAUUAUAAAGAGAUGCUUAAUCGCUAUAAAGAAGUAGUAAUGCUCAACGAAGAAUUAUUAACUGGCUGUCAUGUCAGACGAGCAACACAGGAGCAGGCAGUGUCUUCGCUAAAAAAUUUACAUACCGUUUUGCAACAAGCAGCUAGAUUGAGGGUUGGGAAAUUCAGCAAAGCAGCAGUAGCGGCAAGCCGGAAAGCAGUUCGAGACAAUAACGUUGAAGCACUUGUGAAAAUACUUCAACAUGGCGACUCAUAGAUAUUUAAUAUUCAAUACUUUAUUUAAAAAAAAAUAGUCAGUCGUUAAUAUUUCUAAAUUACACCAUUAUUUAUACUUGAACACAUAAAUCAUUAUUGUUUACUGUAUUUAUUUAUCCACUUUCAAAACAUAUUAAAUUACAGAACAUUUUCGAGCACAAUA